CAGACACUGGUGUGAAUCUAACGAAUUAACAGCUUUUUUACCAUCACAAUGGAGAAGUUUCUGUCGCUUGCUCAUGUAGUCAGAUGCUUUCUGUGUGCAGUUUGUGUGUCAGCUGUAUACACGUCUGGUCAAGUUGCCAAUCAGCAAAGUGGUUACUAUAACAACAAUCUUAAUUUAAAUAAUAACCAAAAUUUAAAUAACAAUCCUAAUUCAUACAACAAUCCAAAUGCAUACAGCAGUUCAAAUUCGUACAAUAAUCCGAAUUCAUACAAUAAUCCUAAUUCAUACAGCAAUUCAAAUGCAUACAAUAAUCCAAAUUCAAACAACAAUCCAAAUUCAUACAACAACCCAAAUUCAUACAACAAUCAAAAUACAUACAAUGGAAUGGCUUACAAUCCUAACUAUUACGGAAAUAGUUAUAACCCAAACAGUUUUUACGGUGCUGGUUAUUUACCGAACAGCUACAACUGGAACAAUUAUUAUGGAAAUCCGUACGGAGGAGUUCAAUUCCCAACUUAUCAACAAAGUCAAUAUGGUUAUGCGUUGCCUUGGAACGGUAACCAAGGAUACGGUCACCAAGGGAACCAUGGGAAGGCUAGACCCCAUAUGGCUGUCGUACCAAACAUGUACAGUUUCCCUGUGUUCGGAUUCAGAUACCAUGGUGUUCCAUACGGGGGGUCCAGUUACCAACGUUACUGGCUGACACAUCCAAUACACACACAGUAUGGCUACAACAAUCCCCGGACUCCAUUUUACUAUGGAAAUCAACAGGGAGGACUGCUCGGCAACUGGUGGCCACUUCUCUUCCUUAUACCGCUGCUACUACUAAACUGAGGGACGUGGCAUCAUCUAAAAGUGGAUCAGACGACGAUGAUGUGAAAACUGACACCAAUAUAUGUUGAAGUCGAUUUUAAAAACGCAAAUGCUAAAGAAUUGUUAAAUAUGUGUUGUGAAGUUAUCUAUCGGUAUUUUGUAUAUUUUGUAUUUUGUUAUUCAUUAGAAGAAAAUAAAGUAAUUAAAAUAA